AACCGGUGCCGCCGGGGCCCCCCCGUGAUGAUGUUCCGGGACCAGGUGGGCAUCGUGGCGGGGUGGUUCAAGGCGUGGAACGAGUGCGAACAGACCGUGGCGCUGCUCUCGCUGCUCAAGCGCGUCACCCGCACCCAGGCGCGGUUCCUGCAGCUCUGCCUCGAGCACUCGCUGGCCGAUUGCACCGACAUCCACCUCCGGGAGGCCGAGGCCAACAGCGCCGCCGCCAUCCGGCAGUGGCCGCAGGAGCCGGCCGAGGCAGCCGUGGCGCUGCUCCUGGCGCACCUCCCGCUGCUGCAGCCGGGCAACGCGGCCGCCAAGGCCGAGUACAUGAAGCGCCUGCAGACGGUGCUGGCCUACGCCAUCGAGAGCAACCGCUGCGUGGAGGAGAGCCGCCAGCUCCUCUCCUACGCCCUCAUCCACCCCGCCACCACCCUGGACGACCGCAGUGCCCUGGCCCUGUGGCUGGGCCACCUGGAGGAGCGCCUGGCUACCGGAGCCCCCCCCCCACCGUCAGCAUCAUCCUCAUCCUCCUCUUCCUCCUCCUCCUGCCGCGCGCCCCCCCCUGCACAUGAAUGGCCCGAGCAUGGGGCAGCCCCGGAGCUGGGCUCGGCCUGGGCUGAGCCCCCCCCGCGGGAGAACGGGCACCCCCAGUUCCAGGCUGCACCGGGCGGCAGUGGGAAUGGAAUGGGGGGAGCGGCUCUCCCCUGCCCGCUGCACCCCAGCCCCCUGAAGCGCUCCCUGGGGGUCCCCGGCCCCCCCCACCCUGCUCCGAGCGAGGACCCCCCCGUGGCCAUCGCUGCCCCCCCCCGGCCCUUUGGGGACCCCCCCCCGCUGUCCCCCCAGAGCAGCGCGGCCUCCUCGGGCAGCGAGAACCCCGAGGAGGGGCCCCCGGGUAGGAACAGCUUCCAGGAGGACGGCAGCGGCAUGAAGGAUGUCCCCUCGUGGCUCAAGAGCCUCCGGCUGCACAAGUACGCGGCGCUCUUCUCGCAGAUGAGCUAUGAGGAGAUGAUGACGCUGACCGAGCAUCACCUGGAGUCGCAGAACGUCACCAAGGGUGCGCGGCACAAGAUCGCGCUCAGCAUCCAGAAGCUGCGCGAGAGGCAGAGCGUGCUCAGGGCGCUGGAGAAGGACAUCCUGGAGGGGGGGAACCUGUGGUCGGCCCUGCAGGAGCUGCAGCAGAUUCUCAGCACCCCCAUCAAGGGCUUCCGGCCCCCCCCCGCCGCGCCGCCCCCCCCCGAAGGACCCCCCCCAGCGCCCGGGGAGCCCUUCCCCCCCCCCCAGCACCCGGGCACCGACCCCGAGGCCCCCGCGGCCCCGGUGCCCGACGGGGACAUCCCAGGGCAGUUCACCCGUGUCAUGGGCAAAGUGUGCACGCAGCUGCUGGUGUCGCGCCCGGACGAGGAGAGCAUCAGCUCCUACCUGCAGCUGCUGGAGAAGUGCCUGAGCCACGAGGCGUUCACGGACCCGCAGCGGCGCCGCCUCCUCUCCUGGAAGCACCAGGUCCUGCGCCUGCUCCGCGCCUGCCCCAAGAAGCUCCCACUCGAGGGCCCCGGCUUCCGGCCCCCCAAGGGCUGGGCCUUCGGUUCCAACUCGCUCCCCAUAGCUGGCUCUGUGGGGGGGGCGGGGGGGCGCCGGGGGCAGCGCCCCUUUGUGUGCCCCCCCCGGGCACUGCCCCCCGCCCGCCUGGGGCUGCUGGGACCCGCGGGGGGGGCACCGGCCCCACGGCCCCCCCUGGGAGCGCCCCCCCUGAGCACCCAGGGGAGACAGAGCCUGUGGUUCGGGGCGGGGGGGUCCGGGGGGGGCCGCAGUGGGGUGCAGAGAACGCAUUCGCUGCCCGUGCACUCGCCCCAGGCGCUGCUCAGCUUCCCCCAGGAGUGUCCCCCCCCCGGCACGGACCUGGAGAUCAACCCCACGCUGGAGUCGCUGUGUCUGAGCAUGACGGAGCACGCGCUGGGCGACGGCACGGACAAGACCUCGACCAUCUGAUGGCGCCGCCCCCCCCACUUUAAGGGGGGGGAAUGGGGGUCACCCCCUUAAGCCCCCCUCCCCCUCCCUUUUAACCCCGGGGGUGGGGGGAGGGGCUUCCCAU